AUGCCAGGAAGACGCUUGCCCGACCAUCCCAUCAACGCCAGCCUGUGUAGGCGAUGCCAGGCUGUCGAGCCCGCCAUCGUGGUCCGCACCGAGCCUUUGUGCAAGGCUUGCUUUGGCAAAUAUGUCAACACCAAGGUCGUGAAACGGCUGGAGAGCUUUCGGGUGCGACAUUCAGAGCCCGGAAAUGAACGAUCUGUGCUCCUUGCUGUAUCUCUCGAUGCAUGCUCGGUGACUUUGCUUCAUGUAGUCAGCCAACAUCUCAAGGGACAGGUGGAGAAGACUGGUCGGACGGGAUUCAAACUUUGCGUUUUGUAUGUGAACCGUAGUCAUUUGGCGGACACCAGUGAGGCGACCGCGUUAUUCUCACAACUCAAGGAGCGGUUCCCAGAGCACGACUACCACACGGUCGAGCUAUCAGACGCUCUUUCCCUGGAGGGAGUGUCGAAGCUAUUUGGCCAGGAUGCCGAAGAUCUCUCGCAGACAAAUGAUGCCACUCAACGCCUAAUGCACGUGCUGGAUCAUGCUACCUCUGCAACGUCACGACAAGAUACGGAGCAGACACUCAGACGAAGACUCGUGGUUCAAUUUGCGCAGGAUCGCGACUGUGAGUCAAUCAUAUGGGACUACAGCGCCACGAAGUUGGCUGAACGGACCUUGGCGGAGACUGCAAAAGGACGUGGCAUCGCCCUUCCCUGGACCGUUGCAGAUGGGGAGUCUCUACACGGAGUGCCAUUCUAUCAUCCAUUGCGAGAGCUACUGAAUAAAGAGCUGAAAUCAUACGUCUCUUUCAUCGAACCUCCAUUUGAUGACGGAUUCGUCACAGCUGAAGUCAAGCCUAUUGUCAGCACGAAGAACACCACGAUUGAUGAUUUGAUGGAGCAGUACUUUGAUUCGGUCGAGAAGGAAUACCCAUCGAUCGUCGCGAAUGUGGUCCGGACCACUGGCAAGCUUGUCACUCCUGCGCUGAGUCAGACUGAGCAGUGUGAGCUUUGCAAUAACCCUCUCGAGGGGCAUGCGCCUGAGAAGAGUAGACUCUGCUACUCUUGUAUUCGAAUGCUACCUCAAGACCAGGAUCAGGACUAA